UGCCUGACUCAGCAUGUCAAAAAACAAGGGUCAUUCAUCUAAACAAGAUAACUUAGCAGUCACUGCAGUUGCUUUACAAGAUCACAUUUUACAUGAUCUUCAACUUCGAAAUCUUUCAAUAGCAGAUCAUUCUAAGACAAAGGUACAAAAGAGAGAGAACAGAUCCAAAUCUCUAAAAAGAAAUACAAAAGCAGUAAUAGAUACUGGACUUAAAAAAACUAUACAAGGCCCUAAAGUGGAAGAUCCAGAAAAAGAAUAUGUUCUUGAUCCAAAACCACCACCAUUAACUUUAGCACAGAAGCUGGGCUUGUUUGAACCUCCCCCACCACCACUAUCCUCAGAUGAAUGGGAAAAUGUGAAACAAAGAUCCGUCCUGCAAGGGGACUCUGUGCAGCCAUGCCCAAUAUGCAAAGAAGAAUUUGAACUUCGCCCCCAGGUGCUGCUCACAUGCUCACACGUGUUUCACAGAGCAUGCCUCCAGGCUUUUGAAAAGUUCGCAAAUAAAAAAACCUGCCCUCUCUGCAGAAAGAGCCAGUAUCAAACCAGAGUGAUUCACGACGGAGCCCGGCUAUUCAAAAUAAAGUGUGCGACAAGGAUCCAAGCCUGCUGGAGGGGACACGUGGUCAGGAAGUGGUACCAAGACCUGAGGCGAAAGGUACCUCCCACAGAUGCCAAGUUGAGGCGAAAAUUCUUUGAAGAAAAGUUCACAGAGAUCAAUCGCCGCAUACUGUGCUCCUUCAGCACAGACAUAGAGGACCUCUUCUGGGAAAUCGACCACUGCCUGGCCAUAAACCGAAGUGUUCUUCAGCAGCUGGAGGACAGGUGUGGCCAUGAGCUCACAGAAGAAGACUGGGAGAAGAUCCAGAUCCAGGCUCUGCACCGGGAGACCUCUGAGUGCCCCAUCUGCCUCGCCCCACUCCCAGCCAGCAGUGACGGUCACCAGGACCCAUCGGAGACGCGCUGCGGCCAGGCUUCCCGAGAGAUAGUCCUCCUGUCCUGCUCACAUGUGUUCCACCACACGUGUCUCCUUGCUCUGGAGGAGUUCUCACUGGGGGACAGUUCUCCUUUCCAUGCUUGUCCCCUCUGCCGCUCUGGCUAUCAAAAGAAAAUUCUUGAAUGUUGAAUUCACAGUCAGGAAAAAUUCUAUCACU